ACGAAAAGCACAUAAAGCGUCAAAGUCGGUGACCCCAGCAUUCUCUUUGAGCAGAGACACUGUAUCUUUGAUGGUGUAUUUAUUUGAUAUAAUAUAGAAAAUAAAAUCCAUUCCUCGGAAAACAAACAAGAACCACCUUUCUUUGCUUUCCUUCUUUCUGGGCUUUUGCGACAGUGGGGUGGGUGAGCGAAGAGCGAGUAAUGGGGCCCACGGUGGACGACUUCUUGAAUGAGUGCGAGCAGUCCGGCGACGCCGCCUACGGUGCCUUCAGAUCGGUGCUGGAGCGCCUGGAGGAUCCCGCCUCCCGCGUGGAUGCCCGGAUCUUCCUUUCCGAGCUCCAGAAACGCUUCUCCGGUGACUCUGCCUCCGCCGACCAUUGCUUCCACACUUACCAUUUCCGGAUCGACGACAUCUUCCUCGACCAGUACGAAGGGUACCAGGGAAGGAAGAAAUUGACAACGAUGGUGAUCCCAAGCAUAUUUGUUCCCGAAGACUGGUCCUUUACUUUCUAUGAAGGACUGAAUAGACACCAAGACUCUAUUUUCAAGGACAGGACAGUUGCUGAGCUUGGAUGUGGGAAUGGAUGGAUUUCCAUUGCCAUUUCUGAAAAGUGGAUGCCUUCAAAGGUGUAUGGGCUUGAUAUCAAUCCUAGAGCAGUGAAGGUUUCCUGGAUAAACUUAUACUUGAAUGCUUUGGAUGAGAAAGGUCAGCCCAUUUAUGAUGAAGAGAAGAAGACUUUGCUGGACAGGGUGGAGUUUCACGAAUCCGAUCUGCUCUCUUACUGUAGAGAGAAUGGUAUUCAGCUUGAACGGAUUGUUGGAUGCAUACCUCAGAUUCUCAACCCAAAUCCUGAUGCAAUGUCUAAAAUGAUUACAGAAAAUGCAAGCGAGGAAUUUCUCCAUUCGUUGAGUAAUUAUUGUGCACUUCAGGGCUUUGUUGAGGACCAGUUUGGCUUAGGUCUAAUUGCAAGGGCAGUCGAGGAAGGGAUAGCUGUCAUCAAACCUAUGGGGAUUAUGAUCUUCAAUAUGGGAGGCCGUCCAGGACAAGCCGUUUGUAAACGCUUGUUUGAGCGUCGUGGUUUUCACGUUAACAAGAUUUGGCAGACCAAAGUUCUUCAGGCUGCUGAUACAGAUAUUUCAGCCUUGGUUCAAAUUGAGAAGAACAGUCCACACCGUUUUGAGUUCUUCAUGGGGCUUUCUGGAGAUCAGCCUAUUUGUGCUCGAACAGCAUGGGCCUAUGGGAAGGCUGGAGGUAGAAUUUCUCAUGCUUUAUCAGUUUACAGUUGUCAGCUUCGGCAACCAAAUCAGGUCAAGACAAUUUUUGAGUUUCUUAAAAAUGGCUACCAUGAGAUCAGCAGUUCGCUAGAUUUAUCUUUUGAAGAUGAUUCUGUUGCUGAUGAGAAGAUUCCAAUCCUAGCUUAUAUUGCUACCGUCUUGAAAGAGAGUUCCUUUUUCCCCUAUGAGCCACCAGCUGGAAACAAAAGAUUCCGUAAUCUCAUUGCAAGCUUUAUGAAAACAUAUCACCAUAUUCCACUGAAUGCUGAUAAUGUUGUUGUCUUUCCUUCUAGGGCCGUGGCAAUUGAGAAUGCUCUUCGGUUGUUCUCACCCCGUCUUGCAAUUGUUGAUGAACAUCUGACCCGACACCUACCUAGGCAAUGGCUAACAUCUUUGGUAAUUGAGAGUACAGGAAGUGAUAACCCAUCAGAGGAUAUACUUACAAUCAUUGAAGCACCACGUCAAUCAGAUCUGAUGAUAGAGCUGAUUAAGAAGUUAAAGCCACAGGUGGUGGUGACUGGGAUGGCUCAUUUUGAGGCUGUUACCAGUGCAGCUUUUGAACACCUUUUAGGUGUUACAAGAGAAAUUGGAUCUCGUCUUUUCUUAGACAUAUCUGAUCAUUUUGAGCUAUCCAGCCUCCCAGGUUCCAGUGGGGUCCUAAAAUAUCUUGCAGGAACUCAGCUGCCCUCGCAUGCAGCAAUUAUAUGUGGCUUAGUAAAAAAUCAGGUUUAUUCAGAUAUGGAAGUAGCUUUCAUCAUUUCAGAAGAAGAGGCCAUCUUCAAGGCAUUGUCCAAGACUGUAGAAGUACUCCAGGGGAUUACUGCACCAAUGAGUCAGUAUUACUAUGGUUGUCUUUUCCAUGAGCUUCUAGCGUUUCAACUUGCUGACCGACGUCUACCUGCUGAGAGGGAAAGUCAAAAAGGCAACUCAGUCGAGAUGAUUGGCUUUGCCAGUUCAGCCAUCUCAGUCCUAAAUAACUCAGAGUUGUCAAUUACUGAGGAAGAGAACACGUCCCUGAUUCACAUGGAUGUUGAUCAAAGCUUUUUGCCUGUACCAUCUGCUGUAAAGGCUGCAAUCUUUGAAGGUUUUGCAAGACAGAACUUGUCCGAAUCAGAAAUUGAUGUCACCUCUAGCAUCAAACAGUUCAUCAAGAGCAAUUAUGGGUUUCCAACUGAUAGAAGCUCAGAAUUUAUAUAUGCCGACAGCUCACUGGCUCUGUUUAAUAAGGUUGUCCUCUGUUGCAUCCAAGAAGGUGGAACUUUGUGCUUCCCAGUAGGCUCAAAUGGGACAUAUAUUUCUGCUGCCAAAUUUUUAAAAGCUAACAUUUUAAAUAUCCCUACCAAGUCUGACAAAGGUUUUAAGAUGACAGAGAAGAUACUUUCUGAAGUACUUGAGACUGUAAAUAAGCCAUGGGUAUAUAUUUCUGGUCCAACAAUUAACCCAACUGGUUUGCUUUACAGCAAUGAAGAGAUAGAAAAUAUUUUAUCUACCUGCGCUAAAUUUGGGGCAAGAGUUGUGAUUGAUACUUCAUUUUCGGGUUUGGAAUUUGAAUCAAAGAGUUGGGGUGGCUGGGACUUGGAAGUGAGCUUGUUGAAGCUCAGUUAUUCUGGAAAGCCAUCUUUUGGCGUCUCUCUGCUUGGAGGGCUGUCUCUCAAGAUGCUAAGUGGAGCACCCAAAUUUGGGUUCCUGGUUCUAAAUCAAUCUCACUUGGUUGAUACAUUUUAUAGCUUCCCUGGAUUAUGCAAACCUCAUAUCACUGUUAAGUACGCUAUAAAGAAGCUGUUGGGUUUGAGAGAGCAGAAAUCAGGCAACCUAGUGGAUGCUAUUGCUGAACAGAUAAAGAAUUUGAGAUGUAGAUCUAAACGCUUGAAAGAGACACUUGAGAAGUGUGGGUGGGAUGUGCUUGAAUCCUGCGCUGGUGUUUCCUUGGUGGCAAAGCCCUCUGCCUACCUCAACAAGGUUGUUAAGCUCAAGCAUUCACCUGAAGAUGAUGCGACUUAUGAAGUCAAGCUUGAUGACAUAAACAUUAGGGAAGCCAUUCUCAAGGCCACUGGUUUAUGCAUCAACAGCAGCUCGUGGACCGGAAUCCCUGGCUACUGCCGGCUCACAUUUGCUUUAGAAGAAAGUGAAUUCGAACGGGCAUUAGAUUGCAUUGUUAAAUUCAAAGAUAUCAUCAGUAACUGAAUUGCUCUAAUACUGUCACAUUUCUAUUUGAUUUCAUUGUUUUCACGACUUAGGUGUUGUGAAGUAAACCAACUCUCAAUUUAUUGAAAAUGGAGGUUUAUUUUCAGUUAUAGAGCUCAAGUUGAGCUUCAA